GUUAGAUGACGCUAAUACAUCUUUCAGACGUUUAUUUAAUUAAAUAUUACAGAAAUAUAACAAUUAAUUGUUUAACAAUCAAUUAAAUAACGUAGACGCGUAGGACUUGCAUUAAUCAUUCAAUAGUUUCAAAAUAUAUUUGUAAUUCAAUUUCAUUUAAGAAUUGUUUACCGAAAAUAGAUAGGAAAUAUUAGAUUACAUUCUAUGUACCCGUAGCAACCUAAGGUAGUUUUAGCAGCCGUACACGUGGGAAUAGCAUAUCCUAUAUUAAGACUAACGGCGACGCUGUUAUACAUUUCACGGAUUACUAACCAACAUUUAUUUAUUUAUUGUUGAUCCGCAUUUUUAUUUUAAUAAGUUCUGUGAGCUUAAUAUAAAAUAGUGUAGAAAAUGGUGGUAUUUACUUGUAAUCAUUGUGGAGAAACAUUACAGAAACCAAAAGUUGCCAAACACUACGAAUUUCAAUGUCGUACAGCACCGUUUUUAACCUGCGUUGACUGCUUCAAAGAUUUCCGAGGAGAAGAAUAUGUAGCUCAUACAAAGUGUAUAACGGAAGCUGAACGGUAUGGAGGAAAAGACUAUGUUCCAAAAGUUGGAACAAAUAAAGGAGAACGAAAGCAACAAGAAUGGAUCAAUAUAGUUAAAACUGUUUUGAAUAGUGCAACAAAUUUAUCACACGCUGAAAGACAUUUUUUGAACUCUUUAUCAAAGUAUGAAAAUAUUCCAAGAAAAAAAGUUAAAUUUUUAAAUUUUGUUAAAAAUGCUAUAGGUCAGAAAGCAAAUCCAACUGUAGUUGAUAGUGUAUGGGACAAAUUGGAAUCUGUUUACAAAAAUAAUGUACAAACUACAACAUCAAAGCAACAACUGCAAAAUGGUAAUGCACAUGAUAAAGUGGAUGACAAAAAUGAUGUGGGUAAACAUCAAGAGAAUAAUAUAGUUGAAAAUCAAAAUAAUGAAAAUAUAUGCAGAGAAACUCAGAAUGAAGAACAACAAAAUAAUAGUAACAAUGAUACUAAUAAUGUUAGUAAAAAGAAGAAAUCUAAGAAAAGAAAAGCAAAUGAAGUGGAGGGUGAUCAGUCAGUAGAUUCUGAAUCAAACAAAAAACUUAAUACCAUAUCUGUAGAAGAUCAAGUAGUAGAAUCAGUUCCUAAAAAGAAAAGUAAAAGUGUUGUACUUUCUGAGUCUUCAGUUAACCAAUGCAACGAAGAACAAACUAAUGAGAAACCAACAUUUGAUUGGAAAGAUACUAUAUUAAACGUUGUACAAAGUAAAGGGGAAAUUUCCUUAAAGAAAUUACAGAAAAAAGUAAUUUCACAAUACAUGAGCUUUUGUUCAGAUGAAGUGACAAAUGAGAAAGCAACAGCUAGAUUUAAUAAAAAAUUUAAAAAAGUAUCAGGAAUAUCAAUUUCUGAUGGAAAAGUAAAGAUAGCUUAAUUUGAAAAAUUUACAUUUGCUUUUGACAUUUUUUUAUAUAAAAUGUAUAAUUAUUUACGAUUAUUAAUUCCAUUUAUUAUACAUAAAUUUAGAACAUCCAAAAUACUAAUGAGUAAAAGAAAUACUUUAAAAUGUAUUAGUGAUUGUCUGUAAUGUAUGAAACGUAGAGAAUUCGACAAACAAUACAGUAGUAAUUGUCUGUAAUACAAAAUUGUUAUACAGAAUACAUUUAUUUAAGGAAACAAUUUGUAAAUAAACGUUUCAAAAUGAUCACUUUAAUUGGUUUUCUGGUAUUAAAUUUUUCAACAUGGAAGAUUCAUUUGUUGUCAUAGGAAGAGUAAUUUGAAUACUUGUAAUUACAUUUAAGGUUUCAUAUUUUAUAUUAAAUAUUUGAAAAUUUGUCUAAAUACCAGACAUGAUUAUUCAUAGUGGCUAAAAGACCACCUGUAAGUACUUUGGAAUCACUAGGACCAAAAUUUAUCAUUUGUUGGUCGAAUAACUGCGUGAUAGUGCCACCGAGAGAUGUAAGAAUCGCAGUGCCUGCACAAAUGUCCCAUUUUUUAAUUGUCGUUAUGUGAACAUAUGCAGUUGCAUUUCCACUUAUAACUUCUAAGAACUUGUAGCCUAAAUAAACAUUUAAAAAUGCAAAUUAAUGAGUAUUAAGGAACAAGAUAAAUGAUUAAAUUAAUAUUACCUGCACCAGCUGCAGAAAUAAUAUCAACACCAUUACCAAAUGCAAUUUUGGUAACAUUAUGAACUUGCCCAGCAUGUGCUCGUGAUACAAUUAAGACUGGUGUUCUCUCUUCAUCUGCCUAUUUUUAAAAAUAUCAUUUAACGUAUUUAUCUGAAUAACUUUUCGGUUGCAUUACCUUGGGGAGAACUUGUAAAUUUCGGGACACUGCAUGAUUGGUCCAUGACCAAAAGAGACUCGAGUUUUGUUUUGUUUCAAAUGGUUUAUAAAUAACACCUAUUAUAGGCUUUCCCUUAACAGCAACACAUACCAUAGUUGUAACAUAUCGUAAUAAAUUUUCUGGAUUAAACAGAAAUUAAUAAGUAAUAGACGUUGAUAUUUUUGAUCAAUAAUAAACAAUCUAGAUUUUAUAGUAUGAAAACACCUGUAAAUUCUUUUGUAGCAUCAAGGGGAUCAAUCCAUACUGUUAUGUCAUUUGCAUUCACAGUUUCAUCUUGAAUUUUAUAAUCGAUUAAGUUAUCAACUGAGUCUUUUAUGUUGGAUACUGUAACUUUAUCACAGUCUUUUGAUGUUUCUUCUGAUAUUACUGUUAUACCUGGGAAUGCCUCUAUCAAAGAGUGAUACAUCGCACAAUGUGAUCUAUAAUCUGCUUCUGUUACUAGAUCAUUUACACCUUUCAGGUUUCAAAAUAAAAUCAUGUUUUAUAAUUAUGAGUAUAUUAUACAAAUUUCACUUAUGUGUUUCAUUUUAGAAAUUUAUUAUUCAUGACAAUGAGAAAGUAUAUAAAAUAGAAUUUUUUUUCUUAAGAUAUAUUAGUGAUCUUAACUAUUUUAAAUAAAAUGAGAUACUUUUUAUUGUUAAUCAUGCGCACUUAAAGUAAUCUUGAUCUUCAGCUACUUAUAGUUUACGUACAUUUGUAAUAAAUAUCAUACAAUAA